AUGGCGCAGUCUCGACAACGGCGGGUUGCCACGUCCGGUGACACGUCGACGAGGGCGGGCACAAUGCUCCUUCACCUGGUGCCACAACUCCAGGGUUCUUUUUUUAAUAACCUGUGCCUCUGUUACCCCGGUUACGAGCUGGCACCAGAUGGCAGGUCGUGUUAUAAGGCGGUGGUGCUGGUGGAGGUAGUCAACACUUGCCUGACCAACAACGGAGGCUGCGCUCACCUGUGUCACCACGACGCCUCCGCAGCUGCGGCAAGAUGCUCCUGUCAUCCUGGAUACCGUCUUCAAGACGACGGCAAGACGUGUAAGGACGUCAACGAGUGUCAGGUGGGAGGACACAGGUGCCAGCAGGAGUGUAUCAACACACCAGCAGGAUACACCUGUGCCUGCAGCUCGGGCUACACCCUGAGUACCAACGGAUUCUCCUGCACUGAUGUAGACGAGUGUAGCUACGACGGUGGUGGGUGUGAACACUACUGUAGGAACACCCAGGGUUCCUUCACCUGCUCCUGCCGCCCGGGCUACCUCCUUGUUGACGACACCCGCUGUGUAGUUGCUCCCAGACCCUUGAACGGUCAGCGUCCCGUCGCCGCCUCUGACCGCUCCGACAUCCACCUCAAAACUAUGGAGACCGACAUAGGGAGUACUGGAGGAGGAGAGAUAAGAAAAGAGGGUGAAGAUAGGCGAGGCUGGGGCAACGACAGCUUUGAGGGACCCAAGGAAGACGGUGCAUGGACGACACACGAGAAGAAUUUAACAAUUGAGGAAAGGUGGAGGAAGAUAGGUGAAGAAUGGCCGGGAGUACGAGGAGGAGGAAAAGGGCGAGAAGUUGGAGAAAGACGAAAUGGUGUGGGAGGAGAAGAUAAAUGGAAACCAAAACAAACAGAACACUGGAAUGCAAAGCAUAACUUGUCAGUAGAAACUGGAGGUCCCUCAAGAGGAGACAACGAAGGUAAGACUCAGUGGACGCUUGAGAAGACUAAUGUCACCGUGGUGGAGGCUUGGACGGCCCCAGACCACAGGCUUCCUAAGAGGCCUUCCAAGAUGCCUCCCAGGGAGACUGACGAGCGUUUUGUGAAAGUAAAUCAAAGCAGAGAAGGCGUGGACGAGGAGGAGGACACCAAGGUGGAGAAAGAAAUGUCGAAGGUGGGACAAGAUUUGCCGACGAGGGAAGAUGUGUCGUCGACGGGGGAAGGGGAGGUGUCGUCGACGGGGGAAGACGUGUCACCGACGGAGAAAGACGUGUCAUCGACGGAGAAAGAUGUGUCGUCGACGGAGGAAGAGCACUUUGACGACAACCUGUUCACAGUCACUGAAGACUCCACCAACGUCACAACGUUGGUACAGAGGUGUCCGGCAGGAUACGCAGGGCCAGGGUGCACAGUAAAGUGCACUGAGUGCCCCGGCGAGUGCACAGAGGAAGGAUGCGUGUGUCCGCCGGGUGCCCGGGGCCCAAAGUGCCAACAACAGUGCCAAGAAGGAUUCUACGGAGCAGGAUGCCAGCAGGUGUGCCAGUGCCAGAAUGGAGGAACAUGUGAUGCCGUCAACGGGACGUGUACCUGUCCACCUGGUGUAUUUGGAGAACACUGUGAGGACGGGUGUCCUGCAGGUGUAAUGACAGAUGCUGCAGGUUUAGUGACAGGUGCUGCAGGUGUAGUGACAGGUGCUGCAGAUGUAGUGACAGGUGCUGCAGGUUUAGUGACAGAUGCUGCAGGUGUAGUGACAGAUGCAGCAGGUGUAGUGACAGGUGCUGCAGGUGUAGUGACAGGUGCUGCAGAUGUAGUGACAGGUGCUUCAGGUGUAGUGACAGGUGCUGCAGGUGUAGUGACAGGUGCUGCAGUUGUAGUGACAGGUGCUGCAGGUGUAGUGGCAGGUGCUGCAGGUGUAUUACAGGGUGUGGGUGGUGUGGCCACAGGGUGUGACGCUGGCCAGUUUGGGCCAGGGUGUGUCGAGUCCUGCCAGUGUGAUGGUCGACCUUGUGAUCCAGUGACAGGAGAGUGUAGAUGUCCGCCAGGCAGCCAGGGUCCUCUCUGUAACCAGCGCUGUGAGGAGGGUCGCUGGGGUGAGAGCUGCCUGGAGGAGUGCCAGUGUCAGGGAAACGCCACCUGCGAUCGUGUCUCUGGAGAGUGCCACUGUCCCCCGGGUUUCAUGGGCCAGGAGUGCCAGGAGCCAUGCAGUGCCGGACGCUGGGACAUUGAUUGUCGCCAGGCUUGUAGGUGCCUCAAUGGUGCCACCUGUCACCCCGUCACAGGAAGGUGUGAGUGUAAGUCAGGCUUUACCGGCCACUACUGUGGACAGACCUGUAUCCCGGGACUUCAUGGGCCUGACUGUGCCUUCCUGUGCCAGUGCCCCGGCGGUGCCCCAUGCGACAGAGUGAGCGGGCAGUGCCAGUGUGACCCUGGCUGGACUGGACGAGACUGCUCCCAGAGAUGUCCCGAGGGUCGCUACGGUGCCAGCUGUGCCUUCCCCUGCAUGUGUGCCAACGAUGGUGUGUGUGACCCGAGUACUGGUGACUGUACUUGUCCUCCAGGGUGGCAAGGAAGGCACUGCUCGAAGCCGUGUCUUAACGGCACCUGGGGCCAGGAGUGCCGCCAGCUGUGUUCCUGUAGCAGUGGUGCCGAAUGUGACCCCGUCAGCGGCAGUUGUCUGUGUCCCCCGGGCACCCAUGGUCCCCACUGUAUCAUGAUGUGUCCGGUAGACCGCUGGGGCGACAGCUGCCAACACAGGUGUGUGUGCCACAACGGUGGCACCUGUGACCGAGUGUCAGGAGCGUGUGUGUGCCAGCCUGGCUACACAGGUGCCAGGUGUCAAGACAGGUGCCCGGAGGGAACGUACGGCCAGAAGUGCCGUUUCUUGUGCAUGUGUCUGCGCAAUGCCACCUGCGAGCAUGACACCGGUGCCUGCAUCUGUCCUCCGGGUUACACGGGAGCCAAAUGCCAGAUGGAGUGUAGUCCAGACAAGUAUGGUCCUGGGUGUGUGAUGGAGUGCCAGUGUAAGCACGGUGGCACCUGUAACCCCAUGACUGGUGCCUGCACUUGUGCUCCUGGCUGGCGAGGUCAACACUGCAACAAGCCAUGCCACCAAGGUUCGUGGGGGGACGAGUGUGGUGACGUGUGCGAGUGUGACCACGGUGCCACCUGUGACCACGUGACGGGUCAGUGCCAGUGCCCCCACGGCUACGGAGACAGGUGUCAGACAGUAUGUCCUGUUGGGUUCUUCGGGAAGGAGUGCAACGAGAGAUGUGUCUGUGGCCCUGACCAACCCUGUGACCACGUUACUGGCGCCUGCAUGUGUCCACCUGGCCGCCAUGGACACCAGUGCCAGGAGUAUUGUGAGAAAGGGCGGUGGGGCAAGGAGUGCCUACAGGAGUGCCAGUGCCCAGACUCGAAGCUCUGCGACCCCAUCACCGGCAAGUGUUACUGUCCAGCUGGUCGCCGCGGCAAUCACUGUCGUAGACACUGCCAGCCAGGACGCUACGGUGUUGAGUGCAAGCAGAAGUGCCAGUGUGGUAAUGGUGGCACCUGCAACCCUGAGACAGGAAAAUGUGUGUGUCCCCCAGGCUUUUAUGGGCCUACCUGCCACCUGUCCUGCCUCACCGACGCUCGCACCUCUCAGUGCAACCAGACUUGCGAGUGUGAACACGGGGGUGUGUGCAGUGGCUCUGGAGAGUGUCGGUGCCCAGCCGGGUAUACGGGGCAUCGCUGUGAGCAUGUCUGUCCCAACAACACUUGGGGCCUCGGCUGUGACUUCAAGUGUCAGUGUCAAAAUGAUGGUAUCUGCCACCCAGCGACGGGUGAGUGCCAGUGUGGUCUGGGAUGGACCGGGCCAAACUGUGACCAGCCGUGUGAGCCAGGACGCUAUGGCCCUCGCUGCAGUCUGGACUGUGCCUGCUAUGCCAACACCACCUGUGAUCGUUUCUCUGGGUGCUGCGACUGUGGCCCUGGACGCUAUGGCCGCUACUGUGAGCUCGAAUGCCCACCUUCGCUUUAUGGUAUGUAUUGCACCAGUGUGUGCGAGUGCCAUCAUGGGGCCACCUGCGACCCUACAACCGGCCAAUGUUACUGUGCCCCAGGCUUUACCGGGGAGACCUGCAGCCUUACUUGCCCACCAGGAACAUUUGGUGCUGGGUGUGAGGAGAAGUGUCAGUGUGGACCCUAUCAGUGCCGCAGGGACACUGGAGAAUGCCUCUGUCCACCAGGCUUCAAGGGACCAUAUUGCACCCAACCAUGUGGUGCUGGACGAUAUGGCCCUGGGUGUCAGCAAGUUUGUGAAUGUUACAAUGGUGCCACGUGUGAUCUUGCUACAGGCCAGUGUUCCUGCUCCCCUGGUUGGCUUGGUCCCAAGUGUCAAGAAAGAGAUGUGACAGCUGAUAUCCACCCAGACCACCAAGACCGAGCUGACAUCCCUGUGCAUGAAAGCUGAGAACCCUUUACUAGAUUUCAGGCAUUCCUAUGGAGGGCAGACAAUUGCCCCAUUAUUGAAAACAGACAUUUAUGUGAAGGACUGCUAAUUGUCUUUUAAUGACCAGGUGACAUCCCUGUCAAGGACAAAUGAGCUUCCCUUAUCAAAGAGUUGUGAACCUUUCUCUCAAGGAUAGCUACUAGUUUCCUUGAAGGGUAGCUGACUGACCCUUAUAAAAACAGCUAAAUAACCCUUGAUGGGCAGUUGAAUGCUUAUUGAAACAGAAAAAUGCUUCAUUAAAAAUAAUACAACAUCUUCAAAUAUGUAAAGUUCCUAAUUAGAGUGAAGCAUUUAUUGGAGGACAACUACUCUUUGCAAAACUGUGUUUCUAGGGUAGAUGAAAAACUAAAUUGAUGUUUUAGUGCAGAUUCCUCAUAAGUGCACUGAUAAGUGUCUAGACUCAAGUGAUGCUGAAUGUGAAUGAUAACUGUUCUUUCAUAAAAACAAAAUGUGAUUCAGUGUCACUGACUUUUAUGAGAGAGACAUAGUAAAUAUUGAUCACUGUUUCACAGUCCAGCUUCAGUAUGGACUACACAAAUUGUGUUAAUACAUAAAAUACUGUACACAGUUUACACACACAACUAAAGCUGUGUUCAAAGUGAUUUACAAUGACUGCACAUCAAGUUUACCUGAAUGAAGGUGGUGUGUUAAGUGUAGUAGUUGUGUGUUGUACACCCACUGCCUGCCUGCUAAUGGCCUUAAUAUACUUACACAAGUGUAGAUAUAUGUAGUACUGUACUAAAUUAGUUUAGGAAUGUCAGUGUAGUACUACAAAGCCUCUUGUUCCAGUUCUCCAUUAAGUAGAGCACAUGCAAUCUAACCACUUCAUUAAAAAAAAAAAAAGAUUACCAGUAUUUUUAUAAUACUGUAUAUGAAAAACUUCAGUUGAAGUGCCUCAUCAGCCUGAGUGCGUGUUUUUAUAUAUCACUGCCACAUAAUAUUUUUCCUCUGGACAUGGUUAACAUUUAGUAAGAAAAACAAGAAUUUUUUAGUACAAAGAGUACAAAUGGACCAUUUAAUUAAAUAUUCAUCAUUUAUUUUGCAAAUACUGAUAAAAAUAAUUAAUAAUUAUCAAUGCUGUGUGAAUUUGUCUGUAGCAAGGAAAUGUUGUGCUACUGAAUACUUCAGAAAAGAAAAUAUCUCCACUGUGACUGUUUUCAACAUACGGGUGAAACAAUGGCAAGUGACAGUGUAUUUUGCUAUAGUAACUACUCAGAAUAAGUAGUAUUUACGCAAGACUAGAAGCCUUUCACUGUUACUGGGCGACCCCAGUGGGUUUAGCACUUGGAUCUGAUUACAACAAUAAUAAUCACUGUUACUGGACCUAAAUGAUUGGCACAGGCUAGACCCCCCCAGAAAUAAGCACAGACUGGACCCCAAUAAUAUGCACAGACUAGACCCCAAUAAUUACCACAGGCUAGACCCACAAUAAUUACUAUAGACUAGACCCCAAUAUUUACCACAGAGUAGACCCAAGUAAUUACUAGAGACUAGACCCCAAUAAUAAGCACAGACUACACCACAAUAUUUAGCACAGACUAGACCACAAUAAUUAGCACAGACUAGACCACAAUGAUUUGCUGCAGGCUGACACUAGGAUCGUUCUUUGUAUCUCUCUCCUUCUCGGGCAUUAUCUAUCCCAGAUAUUGCCUUUCUUGUUUCGUCAUUACCGCCACCACUUCUGUUACUUGGCGAUUUUAAUGCCCAUCAUUUCCUCUGGGGGGUCUCACUGUGAUUCCCGUGGCAUUCAGUUAGAGGCUUUUCUUGCUACCCACCCCCUCCAUGUUUUAAAUACAGGUACUCACACCCAUUUUGAUCCUCGGACUCAUACUCUCUCUUGCAUUGAUCUCUCAGUCUGCUCUUCCUCCGCCGCAUUAGACUUCACCUGGUCUGUUCUCCCGGAUUUACAUGACAGCGAUCAUUUCCCAAUCAUUCUUACUUCCCCUUCAUAUUCACCACCUCUUCGUAUCCCACGCUGGCAAUUUGAUCAGGCAAAUUGGAACCUUUACUCACAACUGUUUCUAGUGAGGUUCCUUCGUCCUCCAUUGAUGAGCUUUUACACCUCUUCUCAUCCUCCGUUUUAACCGCAGCUUCUCAUUAUAUACCCCAAACUUCGGGCAGGCAUUCUCAGAAAUGCGUGCCUUGGUGGUCUCCUGCUUGUGCUCGUGCAGUAAGUUUGAAACGCCCUGCGUGGGGCAGGUACCAGUACAAUAGAACCACAGAGAGACUUCUUGAUUUUAAGCAGAAGCGUGCGAUCGCUCGCCGUGUCAUCCAUGACGCUAAACAUACUUGCUCGCGAGAUUGUCUCCACCAUCACCUCUGCUUCCUCUAUGAGUGCAGUCUGGAAAAAAUUGGUCCGUAUUUCUCAGGGGCUCCAUCUAUGCCCCUCGUUUCUUUCCUCAAAGUCUGCCAGAGAGUUAGCACCCUUGGACUUUUCUUCUCUCAGAGAAGAACAGUAUUAUGUGCCUUUUACACUUCAGGAACUGGAGGCAACACUCUCGGCUUGCCGAUCAUUCGGCAGCUGGGCCCGAUGACAUUCAUAUUCGUAUGCUACAACAUUACAUCAGUCAGCCCUUGCAGUCCUAUUAUGCCUUUUCAAUCUUAUUUGGUCACAGGGAGCUCUUCCACAGCUGUGGAAAUCUGCCAUUGUUCUCCCUUUCUGCAAACCGGGUACUACGGGACAUGAAGCCUCCCACUAUCAUCCCAGUGCUCUUACCAGUGCAGUUUGCAAAGUGGUGGACCGUCUGGUAAAUAGACGUUUAGUGUGGUAUUUAGAGACACACAACAGUCUCUCCACUCGUCAAUAUGGCUUUCGUAAGGGCCGUUCUACCAUAGACCCCUUACUACGCUUGGAUACGUAUGUUCGUAAUGCCUUUGCGAAUAACCACUCAGUUAUUGCCAUAUUUUUUGACCUUGAGAAGGCAUAUGACAUAACUUGGAGGUAUAAUAUUUUGGCCCAAGCCCACUCCUUAGGCCUUCGAGGCAAUCUACCAUCCUUCCUUAAGAACUUUUUAACUGACAGACAUUUCCGUGUUCGGGUUAAUAAUGUGCUCUCCCCGGACUUUAUCCAAGCUGAAGGUGUCCCCCAGGGAUGUGUUCUAAACACAACACUUUUUCUCCUUGCUAUAAAUGAUUUGGCCUCUAGUCUUCCAUCCAAUAUUUGGUUAUCACUCUGUUCAUGACUUCGCUAUUGCAUGUGCAGGCGCUGACUGUCACCUCAUUACAGUUUCUCUCCAACAUGCAGUCGACCGUGUUUCCAAUUGGGCCACCACACAUGGGUUUAAAUUUUCCAGUACCAAAACUCACCAAAUUACUUUCACUAGAUGCUCUGUCAUCUCCGAUCAUCCUUUGUACCUCUAUGGCUCCCAUAUCCCUGACCGUGAUACAGUCAGGUUUCUAGGCCUCCUCUUUGACCGUAGGUUAUCCUGGAAACCUCACAUUACCUCUCUGAAGGCAACUUGUCACAGCCGGCUGAACCUUCUUAAAACCCUUGCUCAUCUUUCAUGGGGAGCCGAUAGUCACACUCUCCUUUGCCUACAUUCCGCCCUCAUUUUAUCGAAACUUGAUUAUCGUGACCAGAUCUAUUUAGCGGCCUCUCCUGCUACUCUCUCUAGCCUUAACCCCAUUCAUCACCAAGGAUUACGUUUAUGCCUUGGUGCUUUUCACUCUUCCCCUGUUGAGAGCCUCUAUACAGAAGCGAACGUUCCAUCCUUAUCCGAUCGCCGUGAUGCCCAUUGCCUUUGCUACUAUGUACGCUCUCAUGAUCUCCGCAAUCCUUCCAUUUAUAGAAUGGUCACCGAUAUUAGUAGACAUUCUUCAUUUGUUUGCCGCCCCUGUUUGCUCUGUCCCUUCUCCCUUCGCCUACAUUCGCUCUUGUCUUCUCUUCAAUUACCACCUUUCUAUGUACAUGUAGCAUCUCACUUUUCCCUACCCCCCUGGGAAGUUCCAGCUGUUCGAGUCUGUUCUUUCUCACUCCCUUGUUCGAAAGCCCAACUGUCUACGGUAGCCUCCCGCUCUCUUUUUCUUGACCACUUCCACUCUCAUUCUCGUGCCAUUGCAGUGUACACAGAUGGCUCUAAGUCUUCUGACAGCGUAGGAUUCGCAGCAGUGUUUCCGGACAGCAUCGUACAAGGGCAUUUACUAUCUUCGGCUAGUAUCUUUACUGCUGAAUUGUAUGCCAUUCUUGCAGCACUUAUCUGUAUUGCAUCUAUGCCUGUGUCAUCAUUUGUGGUUGUCUCAGACUCCCUUAGUGCUUUACAGGCUAUACAGAAAUUUGAUACACCUCACCCCUUAGUCCUCCGUAUCCAACUUUGGCUACGCCGCAUCUCUUCCAAGCAUAAAGAUAUUGUUUUUGUUGGGUCCCUGGUCAUGUUGACGCACAGGGCAUCGAACAGGCAGACACUGCUGCGCAGUCAGCAGUACAUGACCUACCAGUUUCAUAUAGAGGUGUUCCAUUUAUGGACUAUUUUGCAGCAAUAGCUACCCACCUUCACACCCGUUGGCAACAACAUUAGUCUACUCUGCUCGGUAACAAACUUAUAUCUAUUAAACAGAGUAUAGGUUACUGACCAUCUUCUUGUCACCAGUGUCGAGGUUGGGAGACUACUCUCUCCUGCCUUCGCAUUGGCCAUACUCGUCUUACUCAUGGUUAUCUCAUGGAGAGGCGCCCUGCUCCUCUCUGUGAGAACUGUCAGGUUCCAUUAUCAGUUCGCCACAUUCUAUUAGACUGCCCACUUUAUCAACGAGCACGCAGAAUAUACCUCCAACAUCGUCUUUGCUCCGCUGCUCUCUCUUUACCUUUCCUUCUCGCUGAUGGACCCACCUUUCAUCCGGACUUUCUCAUUGACUUUUUGACAACAACUGAACUUACUUCACAAAUUCUGAUACCUUCAGCCCUUUCUACCUCAAUCUCUUGCUGCCCUCUACCCCCGCACUCUCCCCUGCCCCGCUGUUUUCUGUAACCUACUGAUCAUCCCUCCCCCCUUCUGCCGCCCAAUACCCUCGCUUCCUUCCCUACCCUGCAGCGCAGUAUAGCCCUUGUUGCUUAGCGCUUCUUUUUGAUUACAAAUAAUAAUGACACUAGGAUCAGAGUGCUCACAAUAUGGGUUCAGAUCACACAUGAUCAUGAUUCUGUAAAUGCUGUAACUGCUGUGUCAAACUGUUCUGUUUCUCUUAAUUACAAGAUACAGCAAGAUACAAGCAGUCACUGUUGUCCACAUUUAUAAAAAUAAUUAUUCCUAAUGGAAUUUUGAAAUCUGAAGCUGCAGUAGGUUAGUGCUGAAGUUACAGUACCAGUAGGAUAGUGCUGAAGUUACAGUACCAGUAGGAUAGUGCUGAAGUUACAGUACCAGUAGGAUAGUGCUAAAGUUACAGUACCAGUAGGAUAGUGCUGAAGUUACAGUACCAGUAGGAUAGUGCUGAAGUUACAGUACCAGUAGGAUAGUGCUAAAGUUACAGUACCAGUAGGAUAGUGCUGAAGUUACAGUACCAGUAGGAUAGUGCUAAAGUUACAGUACCAGUAGGAUAGUGCUGAAGUUACGAUCAGAUAGUGAUGAAACUACAGUACCAGUAGGAUAGUGAUGAAGCUACUAUAGGAUAGUGCUUAAGCUAUAGUAAGAUAGUGCUGAAGUUACAGUACCAGUAGGAUACUAAUGAAGUUAAAAUAAGAUAGUGAUGAAGCUACAGUACCAGUAGGAUAGUGAUGGAGCUACAUUACCAGUAGGAUAGUGAUGAAGCUACACUAGGAUAGUGCUGAAGGUACAAUAUGAUAGUGUUGAAGAUACAGGACCAGUAGGAUAGUGCUGAAGCUACAUUAGAAUAGUGCUGACAAGGCUAGAAAAAUAUAGGAAAUUUUAACACCUGGCAGAUUUUAAAAUAAAAAACAAAAGGAACAUACAGUGGACUCUCGAGUUUCGUAAGCCUCGCGCUUCGUAAAUUUCAAGAAUCAGUGUCACCAAGAGUAAACUGUGUGAUGUGGAAGGCUAACAGUUAGGCAUGGGUCACAAGGAAAAUUUUCCUUGAUUGGUUCACUGAAGUGUUUGGCCCAAGUGUAAAGAAAUACCUCCUACAAAAUAAAUUGCCACUCAACUGCCUCCUGGUAAUGAACAAUGCUCCUGCUCAGCCUCAAAACUUGGAUGACCAAAUGGUGGAGGAGUUUAGUUUCAUCACAGUGAAGUUCUUGCCCCCUAAUACCACUCCUCUCAUCCAGCCCAUGACUCAGCAGAUCAUUUCAAACUUCCAAAAACAUCUACACCAAAAAAAAGCGUCAAAGAUGCUUUGACGUGACCUCAGACACUCAAAUGAUCCUAAGAGAGUUCUGGAAAGAUCACUUCAAUAUCCUCUACUGCAUAAGCCUUAUAGAUAAGGUUUGGCAGGGAGUGACUUUCAGGACUUUGAACUCUGCUUGGAGAAAAUUGUGGCCAGAUUGUGUCCUCGACAAAGAUUUUGAAGGGUUUGAGGCUGACCCAGACAACCCUAUGCCAGUUGUGGAAUCCAUUGUGGCACUGGGAAAUUCCAUAGGGUUGGAUGUGACUUGCCAGGAUGUGGAAGAGUUGGUGGAAGACCACAGUGAAGAGCUAACCACUGAAGAGGUGCAAGACCAUCUGCAACAGCAACAGACCACAGCUCAGGAAAUUGCUUCAGAGGAGGAGGGAGAGAUGGAAGAAAGUGCCUUCUUCAAAGUGGAGUGAGGUACAAACAUUUGUGGAACAACAUUGCCCUGACAAAGCUGUUGCAAGCCAUGUCAGCAACAUGUACAAUGACAAUGUCUUGUCCCAUUUUAAGCAAACUUUAAAGAGAGGCCAGAAACAGAGCACUCUGGAACAAUUUUUGGAGCGACAUGGAUUCAGUGACUCUCAAGCUGGUCCUAGUGGCAUUAAAAAAUGAAGAAGGGAAGUAUCCCUGGAUAAGGACUGGGUACCUAAAGUCUUUAUGGAAGGGGAUUCCCCUUCCAAACAAUAGUGUAACUUCUCCAUCCUCUCCCCUCCUCCUGUCUUCCAUACACCAACAAGAGUCUUCAAUAAAGGUAAGUGUGAUAUUAUUAUUGCUUUAUACUUGAUGUCUCAUUGUUUUCUGUAUGUAAAUCUAUAUUUAAUGUAAAAAAAUAUCUUUUGUUAAUACUUUUGGGUGUGUGGAACGGAUUAAUUGGAUUAACAUUAUUUCUUAUGGGGAAAAUGGUUUCGCCAUUCAUAUAUAUCGCCUUUAGUCAGAUUCUCUGGAAUGGAUUAAUUACGAAAUUUAAGGGUCCACUGUAAAUUAACCCUUAAACUGUCCAAACGUUGAUCUACGUUUUUUCAACAUUUGAAAGUAUGUAAAAAAAUGUAAUCUUCUUUUUGUUUUUUAACAUUUGAAAACGUGUAAAAAAAAACUGUGAUGUACGUUUUUUUGUUUGCAAAUAUGUAAAAAAACGUAGAUCUACUUUUGGAGCACUACGCAUGUGAACAUAGAUCUGUUUGGACAGUUUAAGGGCUAAAAAUUCACUACUGAACCUACUGGUUCCAGUAAUAAAAAAAAAUACAUAAUCACUUUUAAAUUCAUAUUAAUAACAGGAACUAAAUCUCACCAGUCGCUAUAAAAAAUGUACAAGCAAAUCCUGAUUUUUUGUAUAUUUAAAACUAAACUACUGUACAUACUAGUAUUUAUAAGCAAGUUUCUAAACGUAACCAUCAUGUAAUAAUAUUUUGUGGGAAAUAUCUUUCAUCUGUCACUAGAGUUGACUCCACAUUGCUACCACAUCUUCCUAAUUAUUUUUAUACAUGUGGAAAUACUUCAGCUGUAAGAGUCAUACAGCACCUACAGAAUGGAAGAUAAUUAAAUCUGAUCCAAGAAAAGGAAGGUAAUAUCUCAUUCCUUGGGUCAAGAUUCUUUCAGCAUGAGCUUACUGCACUGCUCUGAAUGACCCACACAGACUUAGCAUUUUCCAGGAAUACAAUAACAUUCAUCAUACAGUGCAUGAGAAAUGUAUGACCCAUAUGGGAUUUAGCACUUCUAGUGAUUACAUUUUGACCAAUGUGAGCACAGAACACAUUUCAUUAUUUCAUAAAUUUUCAAAGCCUUUCAUGUGUACUAUAUGAAGUACAGUGGCCAACAGGUAAUGUUAACAGUGUAGAACAAGUUGAACUUAAAAUUUCCAUGCCCAUAUAGCUUGUUCUGUACAUAUAUUAUGUCUAGCCAGGGUACUAUUAAGUGAUAUGGUGGAAAUAUCUGCAGAGCAGUAUUUUUUUUUUUUUUUU